UAAUUUGAUGUGGAUGAAAUUAGUCAGUAUUAAAUUUAAUACAGCCAAGUGACUGUAAAAUGUAAUAGUUUAUUAGUAAUUACGUAUGAUCCGACAGGCCAAAGAGAUCCUCUGAUUGAAGUUGUCAGAUAAAGUCAUGCAGGAACACGACUUUUGACGCAAGCGGCAGCAGCGACUGGCGAAGUUCAGUGCCCACACUGCGUGAGUGACAAGCCCGGCGGCGCGGCCGCCCACUCACAGACGAGCUGGGUGAAUCUUAAUUGUGUAACGUUCAUUGACUAGUCAGCACAAUGCUGCGGAGCCCGUGGAGGCGCACCGAGCCCAGCACAGCGAUGUGAUGCUCCCACCGAGGAGGACGCAGAUGGACAGCCUCGUGGAGCCGCUCGUCGCCCAGUACCUCGCCAUGGGGUGCCAGUCAAAGGAGAGCGGCCAAAGCGAAAGUAUAGCGGCGGACGAGAAGGGAAAGGACGAUGCGAGGGCGACUCCAGGCUGCAGGUCCAGAGUCUCUCCACCGGGUCGCCCUCACAGGUUCCACAAACCCGGGCCGGCCCAAGCUGCCCCGGGUAAAGCGGCCAUGCCUCUGGGGCCCCUGACGAAGGGGGCGAGCUGGGAGGAGCUGAUCCAGACGUGCCUGCAGGCGUUCGACCCGGACGGCCGCGUGUGCGGGAGCGGCCACCUGCUGAACCUCACGCUGGCCAUGCACCGGCUCCUCAUCGCCCCCAGCGAGCUGCUGGACCGCCUCGCCGCUCUAUAUCCUUCCGCCGGCAGCGCGACGUGGCCAGAUGGUUCCCACAGUGGAGCGGCCGAGCGCGCUCCCAGCGCUGGUUGUCAACAGCAACAGGCGAUCAGAGCGCACUCGGCCAACAGUGGCAUCCGAUCGGAACGUGGCCGCUCACGUGUAGCUGUCGUCACGCGUCAGGAGGUUCACGUGUGCGAUCAUGACCAGCCUGCGUUCGCGUCUCUAAAUGUUCGCUCCACUCCUUUCGUUUUUGCCCAUUUCACGCCUCUGGGGAAGAAACACCUUUUUCUUCUGGUUGCGUCCUGUGAUCGAGUGCAGGGCCUAGCAGCGCUGGACAACGAGCAGCCGGCCGAGUGCCAGAGGAUCUGCUUCUUCAUCAGGCACUGGAUCCAGGAGUUCUGGGUAGAGUUCCGCUUGCACCACAACUUGUCAGACAGCUUGGACCAGUUCCGGGCGCUGACCAGGGAGCAGGGACAGGAGCAUCUCUGCGCUCUCCUCGAGACCAAAUGGAUAAACGAGCGGGAGUGGUCGUGGAAGGCCAGUCAGAAGAUCAAAGCCAACAGCAGCAAGAAGAGGAAGGUCUCGCUUCUCUUCGACCACCUGGAGCCCGACGAGCUGGCCGAGCACCUCACCUACCUGGAGUUCAAGUCCUUCUGCAGAAUCUCUUUCGUGGACUACCAGAACUACAUACGCAGCUGCUGCAUGAAGGACAUCCCCGCCAUGGAGCGUUCCAUCGCCCUGUGCAACGGCAUCUCCCAGUGGGUGCAGCUGAUGGUGCUGAGUCGGCCCACGGCCCAGCUGAGGGCUGAGGUUUUCACCAAGUUCAUCCAUGUGGCGCAGAGUCUCCAUCUUAUGCACAACUACAAUACACUAAUGGCGGUGGUGGGAGGCCUGUGUCACAGCUCCAUCUCCAGGCUGAAGGACACCACCUCCCUCGUCCCCAGCGACGCCACCAAGGUGCUGAACGAGAUGACGGACCUGCUGUCGUCCUGCAGAAACUACGACAACUACAGGCAGGCGUACCACCGGUGCUCGGGCUUUAAGAUCCCCAUCCUGGGCGUCCACCUCAAGGACCUGAUCUCUGUCAACGAGGCCAUGUCGGACUACGUGGAGGAGAACAAGGUCAACGUGCAGAAGCUGCAGGCCCUCUACAGCCACAUCAGCGAGCUGAUCCAGCUGCAGCAGGUCCCGCCGCGGCUGGACGCCAACAAGGACCUGGUCCAUUUGCUGACGGUACCGCUCGUCCUCACAAAACACUCAAAGCGGCGUGUGGCUGCGCGGACGCAAACACAGAUGCAAAUGAGCGCGUUACAGCAUGUGGAUUGUCUGCGCGCGCGUGGGUGUGAUGAGAGUCUAGCAGAUAAUAGUUGGCCUGUGACCCGACGCGGCUCGUAUCAGAACACGCCGUUCACGCGCCACGUCCUGACCCGCUCGCUCGCUCGCUCUCCCUCUCUCUCCUCAGCUGUCCUGGACCUCUACUACUCCGAGGAUGAGAUCUACGAGCUGUCCUACGCCAGGGAGCCCAAGAACUGCAAAGCGCCUCCAGCCACUCCCUCCCGGCCCCCUGUGGUGGUGGACUGGGCGUCAGGAGUGGCCCCCAAGCCCGACCCGCGCACCAUCAGCAAGCACGUGCAGAGGAUGGUGGACUCCGUGUUCAAGAACUACGACCACGACGAGAACGGCUUCAUCUGCCACGAGGACUUCGAGAAGAUCGCCGCCAGCUUCCCUUUUUCCUUCUGUGUCAUGGACAAAGAGAAGCAGGGCCUCGUCAGCAGAGACGAGAUCACGGCCUACUUCAUGCGCGCCAGCGUCAUCUGCUCCAAACUGGGCCUGGGCUUCGUCCACAACUUCCAGGAGACCACUUACAUGAAGCCCACCUUCUGUGACAACUGCUCAGGAUUUCUGUGGGGCGUCAUCAAGCAGGGCUACAGGUGCAAAGACUGCGGCAUGAACUGCCACAAGCUGUGCAAGGACCAGGUGGCGUUCGAGUGCAAGAAGAACCCCAAAGUGACCAACGACAGCCCGACGCCGAGCUCCACGCCGGUGGCACUGGGUUCGGAGGAAUGUCCGUUCCCGUACCCGCCAGAUGACUGGAGCCCGGACUCCCCGGUGGCUCCGCGCUCCAGGCCCCAGAAGGUCCACAGCGGCACGCAGACGGAGGGGGCCCAGCUGUUCCCCGCCGCCCCCGAGGCCGCGCGCUUUCAGCCCGCUCUGCUGGUGCCCGCCCCCCCCACGCUGCCGUCGUGCCCCAGCCCGCUGCCCCACAGGAAGCAGCGGCACUGUGCCAAAUGGGAAAACAGGGCCUCUGUGGUGCACAAGCCCCGAGAGUCGGGGGACGACGGCAAACCCACAUAUGAAUCUCUGCAUUCAGACAACCUGAAGCUCCAGAAGACCAAUGAAACACUACGCAGGAAGCUGAAGGCAACGGAGUGGGAGGUGGAGAAACUGAAGACGCUGCUGAGGAGGCACGCUCUCCACCCUGUGGAGGAGGACUCCUCCUCUUAGACUCCUGGCCUCCUCCAGGGAGAGCGCUGCUGCCCCCACGUGGCGGCGCACAGAAGCACGGCUCAGCGUUGACUGAGGCGCCCGCAAAGACGUUGUUUGUCAGAAUGAUGAGGCCUCAGUCACUCAGUAUCAGAUGAAGCAAAGUGUCACAGUGAGUCUGGUAAUUAAGAAGCUACAGUGUAUACUACAGUACUGUACCACAGCAGCUGAUGCUAAGAGGCCUGUGCAGAUGCAUUCAGAUGUAAAGUGCAAUGAGCGUUCCACACUUGGAGCUUCGGAGCAGCUGAACUGGAGUUUCCUGUCGCACAUAAACGUGAACGGUGUCAAAUGAAGGAGUGCAGUAUUUUAGAUAGAGCACAUUGUCUUGACCAGUGAAUACGCCGAUAUAUUUAUGUUACACAGAAAAUGUGAGGUGUGCAGCGAACGCGAGGCGUUUGUGUGUUUGUGACGGAACGGCGGCGGCCGCGUGUUGCUCUGCUGCAUCGUUGCCUGUGAACGUCGAUGCGCACGAUGAUCUCAGCGCGUCCAUGAAUAUUUAUUGCCUCAAAAACACUACACAGACGAUGAGUGAGACUCUGUACAGUACGCGUGUACAGUUGGUGGUUUAUUUAAGCUUUGUAAGUGUGUUUCGGCAUCAUAUUGAUACUAUUUUUAUUGUGCAGCCGUGUUUUACUAUUGUGUGGUUGACUGUUGUACUGUGAAAAGGAGUCAAUGUAACGUGUGUUGUACUGUAAAUAUUCAGGGUGCCAUCUUGGUUCUGUCACAGUUCAGCUCACUGUUCUAAUAAAUACUGUACAUUCUACAGUGCAUCUA